GAAGCUAAGGAAGGUGGUACUUGGGGGAGAAGUCAACUAUAUCAAAACCCUAAAACAACCACUUUUUUCAAACUCUACUAUCCAAAAAAACAGAAAUCUGUAGGAAAAACUAACCCUAUAUAAGCUUAAGAAAUUUUUUGAGAUGGUUCUUCAAGAAGAAAUCUAUUGUUUUAGCAACACCAUCGACACGGCCGAGGGCGGUGGCCAGCCAAGCUACUUGUACCAUGGUGUAUUCGGAACUAGUGUCGACGGCGGGGCUGGAUCAUCUGAGACACCGCUAAGCUCCGUCCGUUUCAACCUAUCCUUGUUGAGGGAAAAGGUCAACGAGGUUGAAUCAUUUGUUAACAUCUUUAAAGAAAACAAUCCAAAUAGUGCUCAUCAACCAGUUGAUCAGUUGACCUCUUCCAUGGCUUAUACAAGCAUAGCCUUCCUAAUGCAAGAGAUCAUCGAGACUGCCUCAUCGAUGAUGCUUAAGUGCCAAGAAAUGGCGCUCGGUUCGACACAAAUGGGUAGCAACAACGAGGUGCCACAAUCUAUGCAAAUACCGGAUGUUGGUGUUGAAGAGUUUAGUACUAUCGGAGUUGAUGAGAGUAGCAAUAAUAGUAAUCAAGGGUUUUGGGGUGGAGAUAGCUAUUAUAACUUGUACAUACAUAGUACAAGUUAUAAUAACAACCACCAAAGGAGCAACGACGGUACAAAUGCAACGGACACCGCGGUGCAAGAGGAGGAGGAAAACGGUAAUCAAGAGUGGGAUGUGGUGGAGAUAGAUGCGGCGGAUCUACUAGCAAGGUUGAUUCACUAUUGCCAAGUAUGUAGCCGAGGGUUCAAGCGAGAGACGAAUUUGAGGAUGCACAUGAGGGCUCAUGGAGAUAAGUACAAGGCAAGUCUUAACAUCAACACCGGCGGCAACAACGAAAGAAACAAGGCGACGAAACCGCCGAGGAAGUAUUCGUGCCCGCAAAAUGGUUGUAGAUGGAACAAGAAUCAUGUCAAGUUUCAACCUCUAAAGUCGAUUGUGUGUGUGAAAAACCACUAUAAGAGGAGUCAUUGUCCCAAGAUGUUUAUGUGCAAGAGGUGUAACCAAAAGCAAUUUGCCGUGCUUUCGGAUUUGAAGACGCAUGAGAACAAUUGUGGGGAUAUCAAAUGGUAUUGCUCUUGUGGUACCACUUUCUCUAAGAAGGAUAAGCUCAUUGAUCAUGUUGCUUUGUUUGUUGGACAUACACCUUUGAUUAAUCCCUCUACUUUGCAAUUUGCAUAACAGGAGCUUGGAGAUAUCAGAUUAUUCAGAGUAUGGGUAUUGAUGAUUUGUUAUGCGUUUCUGCAAUAGUUAACAAUCAUUCGUUUGUUAUUCAUUGAGGCGAUAAAUGAAUUCUUCCACAAAUUAUGAUGCAAUGAAGGAUCCACUCGGGGAAUAUUGUAUUGAGACAACGAUUCGAAAUGUACUAAGUUAUCAAAUUCAAGUAUUUGAAUUUGUUCUUCCAUCAAAAACGUUUUCUAUUCGAUAUUGUAAGAUGUGCUUACGUUGUUACUGAAUAUCCACUAUGGAUAUCAUAUUACUUUGACAAAAAAUGGAAAUCGAUGUCUUUAUAACUUUCUU